AGCAUAGCUGGUGUCUCCCUGGGAACGUAGCGGACAAGAGUAGACUUUGCCCUGCAUGAAGCUUUUCAGGAAGUAGACCUGCGUUGGAGCCCAGAGUAAGAGACUUACAUGGAGAGACCAGCAGUGGCCAGUAGUGAACAGCUCCCUCCUCCCUACAACCCCUCUUGCCCUCCACAUUACCCCCCUGGAGCAGGAAACAAGACUGAGGAUGUGGUCAUCCCUCCGGCCAGCAACAUUGAAAUGCUGGAUGGUGCUCCCCCGGAGUACACCCAAACCUUUGAGGAUGUUAACUGCUUCUCAGAAGCUUCUAUUCGAAGAGGUUUUGUGAGAAAGGUGUACUUGACUCUUGUGGUACAGUUACUGAUAACUGUUGGAAUCAUUUGUGCCUUCCUCUACUGGGAGACCCUGAGAACCUGGACAAGACGCACCUCAUGGUUCACCUACACAAUGAUGGCUGUGACAAUAGUUCUCAUCAUUGUGCUUUCUUGCUGUGGUGACAUACGUCGGAAGGUUCCGUUGAACUUCAUUUUCCUUGUGCUGUUUACUAUUACAGAGGGUCUACUGCUUGGAUCAGUUACAGUGUUCUACAAUGCGGAAGCAGUGCUGUGGGCAGUGGGGGCUACUGCCUUGGUGUCCCUUGCACUGAGUGUGUUUGCAAUGCAAUCUAAGUGGGACUUCACCACAGCAAGUGGGUCCAUUUGGGUAAUAUGCUGGACACUAGUCUCAUUUGGGUUACUUUGUGCUAUCAUGAGGUCCCAGUAUCUCUACAUUGUAUACGCAUCGCUGGCAACAUUGGUCUUCUCUGUUUACCUGGUGAUAGACACACAGCUAAUGCUGGGAGGGAAGCACAAAUACAGCCUCGAUCCGGAGGAGUACAUUUUUGCCGCUCUGAAUCUCUACCUUGAUAUUAUCACCAUUUUCCUGCUGAUACUUCAGUUGAUCGGGCUCAGUCGCUGAUCUACCAAAUGGAAAAUUCAUCGAAGGCCCUGUCCUGUGUUGCUGCACUCUGCAGCUUUGUGAUUCUGUAUUUAUUUUUGCACCAAUUUCUUCAUGUUUGUAUGAUUGCAGAUGUUGAUAUUGAAGUAUCAUGGAACUUUCAGUGUGAUGUGAGCUUUGUAAUACAGGUUCUUUAAAUGAA